GGCUGGUUUCCUGCUGGUGGCUCCGCCCCUCCGCUCCAUUCUUCCCAGAUUUAGGAGCUCACCAGCCGGUUGCCGGGUACCCCGGGAGGACGGGGCUCGAUGGUACCGAUGGAAUCGCAGCUGCAGAGCAUUUUCGAGGAGGUGGUGAAAACAGAAAUUAUAGAAGAGGCUUUCCCAGGAAUGUUUAUGGAUACCCCCGAGGAUGAAAAAACAAAACUGAUUAGCUGUUUGGCGGCCUUCCGGCAGUUUUGGAAUGGGCUUUCUCAGGAGUCUCAUGAACAGUGUAUCCAGUGGAUUGUUAAAUUUAUUCAUGGCCAACACAGCCCCAAAAGAAUUUCCUUCCUCUAUGACUGCUUAGCAACGGCAGUCGAGACUGGUCUCCUUCCACCCAGGAUGGUUUGUGAAUCUUUGAUAAACUCUGACUCUCUUGAAUGGGAAAGAACACAGCUUUGGGCCUUAACGUUUAAACUGGUUCGGAAAAUCAUCGGAGGAGUGGAUUACAAGGGUGUUCGAGACCUUCUAAAAGUGAUUUUGGAGAAAAUCUUGACAAUUCCGAAUACAGUAAGCUCGGCUGUUGUCCAGCAGCUUCUGGCAGCAAGAGAGGUUAUAGCUUAUAUCUUGGAACGAAAUGCCUGCCUAUUGCCAGCCUACUUUGCAGUCACAGAGAUCAGAAAACUAUAUCCUGAGGGAAAACUUCCACACUGGUUACUAGGAAACUUAGUAUCAGACUUCGUGGAUACCUUCAGGCCCACAGCAAGGAUAAACUCCAUUUGUGGCCGUUGCAGUCUUCUACCAGUUGUGAACAACUCGGGCGCCAUCUGUAACUCAUGGAAACUGGACCCUGCAACUCUCCGAUUUCCCUUGAAAGGCCUUUUGCCAUAUGAUAAGGAUCUGUUUGAACCCCAGACUGCUUUGUUGAGAUAUGUAUUGGAGCAGCCUUAUUCCAGGGAUAUGGUCUGCAAUAUGCUAGGUUUAAAUAAGCAGACCUUGAACAUUGCUCAGCACAAGCAACGCUGCCCUGUGCUGGAGGACCAGUUGGUGGACCUGGUGGUGUACGCCAUGGAGAGGUCUGAGAGCGAGGAGAAGUUUGACGAUGGGGGAACCAGCCAGCUCCUGUGGCAGCACCUCUCCAGCCAGCUCAUUUUCUUUGUGCUUUUCCAGUUUGCCAGUUUCCCACAUAUGGUCCUCUCUCUCCACCAGAAGUUAGCAGGGCGAGGACUGAUUAAAGGGCGAGACCAUCUGAUGUGGGUUCUACUGCAGUUCAUUUCUGGAAGUAUCCAGAAAAAUGCACUUGCUGACUUCCUCCCCGUCAUGAAGCUCUUUGACCUGCUGUACCCAGAGAAGGAAUGUAUCCCAGUUCCUGAUAUUAACAAACCACAGUCAACACAUGCCUUUGCAAUGACUUGUAUUUGGAUUCAUCUUAAUAGAAAAGCUCAAAAUGACGACUCCGAGCUCCAGAUCCCAAUACCCCACUCCCUGAAGCUGCACCAUGAGUUCCUACAGCAGAGUCUGAGAAAUAAAAGUUUGCAGAUGAAUGACUAUAAGAUCGCCCUGCUGUGUAAUGCGUAUUCCACAAAUUCAGAGUGUUUUACGUUACCUAUGGGCGCUCUGGUCGAAACUAUUUAUGGAAAUGGGAUUAUGAGAGUGCCUCUCCCUGGGACAAGCUGUUUGGCCUCGGCAUCAGUAACUCCCUUACCAAUGAACCUCCUGGAUUCACUGACAGUGCAUGCCAAGAUGAGCCUUAUUCACAGCAUUGCAACCAGAGUGAUAAAACUGGCUCAUACCAAAUCCAAUGUCGCACUGGCCCCAGCCCUGGUGGAAACUUACAGCCGUCUACUGGUCUACAUGGAAAUAGAGUCUUUGGGCAUCAAAGGAUUUAUCAGUCAGCUCCUGCCCACUGUCUUCAAGUCCCAUGCCUGGGGCAUCCUGCACACGUUGCUGGAGAUGUUCAGCCACCGAAUGCACCACAUUCAGCCGCAUUACCGAGUUCAGCUUCUGAGCCAUCUUCACACACUGGCUGCAGUCGCACAGACCAACCAGAACCAGCUUCACCUGUGCGUGGAGAGCACAGCACUGAGGCUCAUCACUGCCUUGGGGAGCUCAGAGGUCCAGCCACAGUUCACACGCUUCCUCAAUGAUCCCAAGACAGUGUUGUCGGCAGAAUCUGAAGAACUGAACCGAGCCUUGAUCCUCACGUUGGCCAGAGCCACCCAUGUCACAGAUUUUUUUACAGGAUCCGAUUCAAUACAGGGAACUUGGUGUAAAGACAUCCUUCAGACCAUCAUGAACUUUACUCCUCAUAACUGGGCUUCACACACCCUCAGCUGUUUUCCAGCCCCUCUGCAGGCGUUCUUCAAGCAAAAUAAUGUGCCCCAGGAAAGUCGCUUUAACCUGAAGAAGAACGUGGAGGAGGAGUACAGGAAGUGGAAGUCAAUGACUGACGAAAAUGAGAUCAUCACGCAGUUCUCCGUGCAGGGUUUCCCUCCGCUCUUCCUCUGCCUCCUCUGGAAAAUGCUCCUGGAAACGGAUCGCAUUAGUCAGAUUGGGUACAAGGUACUAGAGAGAAUUGGGGCCAGGGCCUUGGUGGCCCACGUGAGAACAUUUGCAGACUUCUUGGUGUACGAGUUCUCCACAUCAGCAGGAGGGCAGCAGCUCAACAAAUGCAUUGAGAUUCUCAAUGACAUGGUGUGGAAGUAUAACAUUGUCACGCUGGACAGACUAAUUCUCUGCCUGGCUAUGCGUAGUCAUGAAGGGAAUGAAGCCCAGGUUUGUUAUUUCAUAAUUCAGUUGCUGUUGCUCAAACCAAAUGACUUCAGAAACCGAGUGAGUGACUUUGUGAAGGAGAAUUCCCCAGAGCACUGGCUGCAGAGUGACUGGCACACCAAGCACAUGAGCUACCACAAGAAAUAUCCCGAGAAGCUGUAUUUCGAAGGCCUGGCAGAACAGGUUGACCCUCCUGUACCAAUCCAAUCCGCCUAUCUUCCCAUUUACUUUGGGAAUGUAUGUCUCCGGUUUCUUCCAGUAUUUGAUAUAGUAAUCCACAGGUUUUUAGAGUUGCUUCCAGUGUCCAAAUCACUAGAGACUCUCCUGGAUCACCUAGGGGGCUUAUAUAAAUUCCAUGACCGACCAGUGACUUAUCUAUAUAAUACUCUGCACUAUUAUGAAAUGUGCCUGAGAAACCGUGACCAUCUCAAACGAAAACUUGUCCACGCAAUAAUUGGCUCCCUCAAAGAAAACCGGCCACAGGGCUGGUGUCUCAGCGAUACCUAUCUGAAGCAUGCUAUGAAUGCACGGGAGGACAACCCCUGGGUUCCUGAGGACUCCUACUACUGCAAGCUGAUUGGCCGACUGGUAGACACCAUGGCUGGCAAGUCUCCAGGACCCUUCCCCAACUGUGACUGGAGAUUCAAUGAGUUCCCCAACCCUGCAGCUCAUGCUCUGCAUGUGACGUGCGUGGAACUGAUGGCCUUGCCAGUUCCAGGCAGAGAUGUCGGGAAUGCCCUUCUCAAUGUCGUCCUGAAAAGCCAGCCCUUAGUGCCAAGGGAGAACAUUACAGCGUGGAUGAAUGCAAUUGGCCUGAUCAUCACAGCCCUCCCCGAGCCAUACUGGAUUGUGCUUCAUGAUCGGAUUGUGAGUGUAAUCAGCAGUUCCAGCCUGACGACAGAGACAGAGUGGGUCGGUUACCCGUUCCGCCUCUUCGACUUCACUGCUUGUCACCAGUCCUACUCCGAGAUGAGCUGCAGCUAUACGUUAGCCCUGGCUCAUGCCGUGUGGCACCACUCCAGCAUCGGGCAGCUCUCGCUCAUCCCCAAGUUUCUCACUGAAGUGCUUCUUCCCGUAGUGAAGACGGAAUUCCAGUUGCUUUAUGUGUACCAUCUUGUAGGGCCGUUUUUACAGAGAUUCCAACAGGAGAGAACCCGAUGCAUGAUUGAGAUUGGAGUGGCAUUUUAUAACAUGUUGUUGAAUGUGGACCAGUGCAGCACACACUUAAAUUACAUGGACCCCAUCUGCGACUUCUUGUAUCAUAUGAAGUAUAUGUUUACUGGAGACAGUGUGAAAGAGCAAGUAGAGAAGAUUAUCUGUAAUUUAAAGCCAGCUUUAAAGCUUCGUCUUCGGUUCAUCACACACAUUAGCAAGAUGGAGCCAGCGGUGCCACCCCAGGCCCUCAACAACGGGUCUCCAGCACCUCAGUCUAACCAGGUGCCAACAUCUCUGCCAGUGACUCAGUGAAACCCAAGGUGUGCAGAGGAGUGGACUCAUAUCUAAAUCUGAACACAGUGCUGGUGAAACCAGAGCAGCUGCCAUGUUCAGAUUGGUUUAUUCUGAUUCAAAUACUGAAUCCCUUCUCUCUGUCUGUGUUUUGUCUCUAAGAGAUUAAGUAAGCUACAAGUUGUUCAUAUUCAUGUCAGUUUACUCAAGUCCCGAGGAACGUGGCGGUUCUGUAAUUAAGUGGCUUUUACCAGGCACUCUUGAGAUUUCCUUUUUCGCCAUUUUUAAAUUAUCAUGACAUCUUCACGUCUCGUAUACAUUGUCUUAAAGACACAUCACAUGUGAAAUGGUCAUUACAAACCCUUUUAUAAAUAAAUGUCCUUCCAAAUAGAGCCUUUUUAUUCAUUAAAGGGCCUUAUACGUCACUCGAGAGUACAGGAACAAAUGAAGUUUCAGACUCUUUUUUGUUAACUGCCUAUAAAAUUUUUAUUGUAAAUUUUAAAUUUCCAAAUAGUUCCAAAUAAAUGAUGUAAAGUUUCUACCAAAGUAGAUUAUGAGAGUUUUGCCUUUGCUCUGAGCUUUCUGUAUAAAAUGAGCUAUAACCAUCUGAAAUUUAUAAAUUUAAUAAAGCCAUGCUCAGACGUUUGAUUCGCCAA